CUCCGUACUCUCAACCACAUCCAACAUCUUUAAAACUGUGAAUGCCGCUCUUCGUUCACAAUGCUCUGCGGACGAGAGUCGCCCCGUCGACAUUCCUCAAGUCUGUAUCCAGACGUUCGAUCUCCCUAACCGGCGCCAUUGAGAAGGGAAUUCGCGAUGGACAGUACAGCGCUGUCAAGCACGAACGACGACGCGAGACUCCUCGAAAUGUAGCAAUACCAGGCAGAAAUGAACGAGCAGACGACAAGAAAUUUGCUUCGGCCGAUGUGGCUUCUAGUCAGACUACAAAUACAAUACGUAGUGGCAAGAGCAGAAGUGCAGUAGAUGAUGGAGUUCCGACAACCAUGCCCUAUACUACAGCCACCUCGGAGUUCAUCGCUGGGCCUCACUCAGUUAUAGCCGCAUUGAAGGCCAGGCGGCGCAAGAUAUACAAGCUCUAUAGCAUGCUCUCUGAUGAACAACAAGAGGAAGAAUAUCCAAGGCGUGCCAUGACUUCUGCGGAUAGGCGAACAAGCAGCCAGAACUCAGGUCAUGGUGAGGUUCUGCGGGAUAUAUAUGGCCUUGCUAAAGAGCAUGGCAUACGCGUUGAAAAUGUUAGAGGGCCAACUUGGAAGCGAAGAUUUACCAAGGUCACAGGUGGACGACCCCAUGGUGGCGUCCUCUUGGAGUGUUCUGCUCUCUCUACUUUGCAAGUCUCCACGCUACCAUCUGUUCAACGACCGGAGCAUGAUAUACUGGCUACCAUUGGAUGGAGUGACCAAGGAUCGCAGAACUCUGGAGCCAAAGUGCAAGGAGAUGUAUUUGGCAUCGAGAAGCCAUUGCCUCCUGGACAUUCAUAUCGACCAGCGUACCGAUACCCUUUCAUGCUAUUGCUCGACCGCAUCAACGACGUAGGCAAUUUCGGAGCAAUAGUGCGUUCUGCUUGGUUCUUGGGCGUUGAUGCCAUACUCACUCUCGAUCACGGUACUCCUGCGCCGACUCAAGCUUCUAAAGCUUCAUCUGGCGCCGUUGAAUAUAUGCCCAUCCUGCAGAUCAAAUCCGAGAGAGAUUUCAUCAAAUCGUCCCGAGCAAAUGGUUGGAAGUUCUUUGUCGCCGAUGCCACCCUCGAAUCUGCAAGUAAGGUUCACAGCCCCUCUCGCCGAAAAUACGAAAAGACCGUAGCCUUGCAAGCGGAAGGUGCCUUGUUGCAAUAUCCAUGCGUUCUUGUCCUAGGAAAUGAAGGUGCAGGGAUUCGGACAUUCAUGCACAAUCUCGCUGACGGUGUGGUUGGGAUACCAAAUGCUCGCCCGGACCAUGGAGAUGUUGACAGCUUGAAUGUUAGCGUGGCAGCCGCCUUGUUGACCCAGAGAUUCUUCGAUUCCGCUUGUUCUGAGGAUAGGGUGGGUUGAUAUCGUUCCACCGUGAGCGACGUGUGACCAGCGGGAGCAGACCAACCUCAGCUUAAACCUUGCCCAUCCAUUCCAAGGAGUAAAUGGGGCUAGUCCUCCUGAACGGAACAAUCACAUCUCCUGACGCAUUGCUUCCAAUGGACUGAACCGCCAACUUUUCAAUCACCUUUUCCUCUUUCGCCGAGACUCUGAUCUUCGCUCCGCUCGCCUUUACCCGAUAGAACUUCCGACCAAAGCCACCAAGGAACCCCUCUAAUACAUCCUGCGACACUCGCCCUUUCUCGAUCAUGCCCUUGGACACCGCGCCCUCGAACGCCUGCAAGACAUACUGGGUUGCAUAUGGCUGUGUGAACACACCCGCCGCACACUUUCCCAUCUCAGAUCCCAUACCGCCUUUCUUCGCGCGCAAAGGAUGCGGCGCACUAUCUGUGCCGAGGAAAAACUUCUCGUCACCACCCGUGGCGGCUUUGAGCAAUGCAAUGCGAUCCUUGGGGAGUUUCGCGACCGGCUUGCAAAAGUUGAUCGGAUCGCCAGCCCAAUCGUCCACGAUCAAACUGAGAUGAUGAGCGGUGAUGGUUGCGACGACAUUUGGCCCGCACUUCUUGACGGCCUCAAUGGCCGCGGCGGUCGUACAAUGCUCCAACACGAUUCUGAGCUUGGGGAACCGACGAUGCAGAUCCAAGAGAGUCGGAAGAAAGGCCUCCUCCGCGUUGAGCACGGUGAUGUCUUCGCCAGGGGGAGCUUCGCCGUGCAAAUUGAGCACCAGGUCCUCUUGCUCCAUGGCCUCGAAGACCGGAUAGAACUGCUCGUAAUCGACAACACCGGAGGCGGAAUUGGUGGUCACGCCCGCCGGGUAGGACUUGACUCCGUAGAUGACGCCAGAUCGUUUCGCUUCUCGGAUCGUGUCCGGCGUGAUGGAUGGGUGCAAGUACAGUGACAUGAGGCACGUUGCGUCACUGAACUUUGAGAUGGUCUGUUUGUAGGAGAGUGCAUGCUCGACGGUGGUGAUUGGUGGGACGAGAUUUGGCUGUUUGAUAGUAGAAAAGAACAAUGUUAACACCCUUCUCUUUAAACCAAU